GCCCGGCCCCGGGGGGUCGCUGCGCUCCACCCGAUCUCCUGCGCUCCGCAGCGCGUCCCGGGGACCGCGGUGGCCUCGUCCCUGCGAGGGACGAGCGCAGGUUCGGGGCGAUCUGGUUUCCUCCUGCUUGGCUCCGGGCGUGGGGAGCAGGAGCAGGAGCAGGAGCGGGCGGAAUGUUCUUCCUCUUCCGCGGGCCGCAGCGGCGCGGCAGCGGCAGCCCCGCGCCCCCCACCAGCCGGGGCACCCCCCGGCGCCACGGCCCCGGGCGGAGGGGUGCCCGCGGCUCCCGCCCGGCCCCUCGGCUCAGGGGUCCCGGCACCGCCGGCACCGCGGGGAGCCAGGGCAGAUUAAACCGUAGCGGUGCGUCCCCCACGGAGCCUCAGCGGGCUGCCGAGGGGCCGGGGCCCCGGCCGUCCCCCGCUUUUGGGCAGGUAACCGGCGGCGGGGACAGGGCCGGGGCACGGUGGGUACCGGGGAUCCUGCGUGCCCUCGCAGGGAGGCUGCGGGACCGGGGAACAGCUGGGCGGCUGCCCACAUCUGGAGCAGGGCGGGCGAGCGGGGAAUAAUCCGGAGGAUUAUGCACGCGGGCGCGGCACCCACCCCCCCGCGCCUGCCCUGCAUAUCCCCAGAUAUUCCAUAAAAACCUCAAAUCCCCGGUGGCAGCCCCGCGGUCUGCGCCAGCCAGCCCCCCCCCGGGGCCAGGCAUGUCCUGCGGAGCGGGGGCAGCCCCCAGCCAUGGGCAACUGCACCAAGACCCCUGAGCGGCGGCUCCCCAAGGUGCGGCAGGACACCCCGCGGGGCAGGAGCGGGAGGAGGAGGAGGAGGAGGAGGGGGGCGUCCCUGCUUGGCCCCCCCUCGCCGCUGACGCCUGCUCCACCCGCAGGAUGGGAAGCCACGCUCGGGCGCUCCAGGCUCCGGCGCAGGGGACCCUGAGGACGUGCUGGACGCGGCGCAGACCCCCCCGAUGCAGGGAUACUCGGUGCUGCAGGGGCUGGUGGGGCCGGCCUGCAUCUUCCUGCGGCAGAGCAUCGCCAUCACCCAGCGGGUACGCGACCGUCCCCUCCCCGUGUGCUGCCUGUGCUCCCGGGGGGCUUAGGGCACAACCCCUGCGGGAUUCCCGGGAGUAGGACCCCUCCUUCGUCUCUUCCCGUUCUCUCUUCCCCAGGACCGGGAGCUGCGGCCCGAGGAGAUCGAAGAGCUGAAGCAGGCGUUCCGGGAGUUCGACAAGGACCACGACGGAUACAUCAGCUACAAGGACCUGGGCGAGUGCAUGCGGACCAUGGGCUACAUGCCCACAGAGAUGGAGCUGAUCGAGCUGUCCCAGCAGAUCACCGGGGGCAAGGUGGAUUUUGAUGAUUUCGUGGAGCUGAUGGGCCCCAAGAUGCUGGCGGAGACCGCGGAUAUGAUUGGGAUCAAGGAGCUGCGUGACGCCUUCCGUGAGUUUGACACCAAUGGGGACGGACAGAUCAGCAUGGCGGAGCUGCGGGAGGCCAUGCGCAAGCUCCUGGGGCAGCAGCUCAACUACCGGGAGGUGGAUGAGAUCCUCAAGGACGUGGAUCUCAAUGGCGAUGGCCUGGUGGACUUCGAAGGUAGGAGCAGGGAAGGGGCCAGGAGCGCCCGCAGGGACAUCUGGGACGUUGCAGGUGUGUGUUUCCCCCCCGGCAGAGUUUGUGCGGAUGAUGUCGCGCUGAGGGCGUGCGUGCCAACGCGGGACCCAAUUCCCCCGUGCCUUACGGAGACGAGGAGGCCACGGGGGGACCCCCGGCUGCGGGGGCUGGGGCGGCGCCGGCGCAGCGGUGCCGGUGCCUGGGCGAGGCUGGGUGCCGGGGCUGCUCCGAUGCUGAGGUCUGACCGUGGUGGGAGGCACCGGGGCCGAAGUCGGGACCCUUUUCUGCACAGGCUCGGCCGAGCUUCGACUGCUCUCGCCCUCAUCUCUGCUCUCUCCCGGCAUCGUCCCCCUUCCCACCCUAGAAGUCACGCCAUCGUGGUCCCCUCUCCUUCGGCUGCUCCCCAUCCCUGCUGCUCAUCCCCCCAGCCUCCCUUCCUGCUCUGUGUGCCGCACUGAGCCCCUCAGGCUCCCCCACACCAGGUUUAAUGCGGACUGCACAGCAAAACCCGACCUGUCACCAUGGUUUGAGCUCAGACCCACCGCAGACCUGCCUGGGGUGAGGCAUCCCUGCCCUUUCGGGGCUGGCACAGACCCUCAGGGAUGUUCUGGCAGCCCCCAGCACAGGGGGGACUCCUGGCAGCCCAGCCAGGAGACCCUCCAGGAGAGAAAUAAAGCAUUCCUGGGUGGAAGGGCCUCAGCCAGCUGCAGGCAGGGCUGCUGUAGGUGCCCUCCCUGUCCUGGCUGCAGUUUUGGGGCCGAUUUUGCCCUUUUGAAAUGAUAAAACUCUCUCCACAGACUUUUGGUUUGUGUUUUAUGUUGUUUCCAAAGAGUUUAUUUGUGAUCGUGCUAUCCACUGGUAUCCCCCAAAACCCUGGACUUGAGUCUCACGGGAAUCUCGCAGGGAGCCGGGGCCGCGGGCACAGGGCUCCGGGGAAUGCACGGCCGGCGGGUGGGGCCGGUUCCCCACAGUCCGGGCCGAGGUCCGCCCCCGCAGAGUCGGGGCGCCCUGACCGGCGGCGGCUGCGGGCUGUGGGAUCCCUUGGCGUUGGGGGGAGCGCGGCGGUGCCGCUCCCGGUGCCGCUCCCGGUGCCGCUCCCGGUGCCGCUCCCGGUGCCCCGAGGCGGUGGCGCCGGUCGAUCACGUGACCCCCGAGGGGACCCGCCGGGCGAAGGGGCGUGGCCUACGCAGAAGUCACGUGGUGGGAGAGGCA